CCAAAAUGUCCAACCUUCCUCUGUUUAGAGACCCCUGGGCGAAGCGAGAGGCAUGGCGGAAAAGCCCCGUUUUCUCUAACCGCGUGAUGUUCCGCAAUCUCUUCCCUGGCUUUGGGAUUGCGGUAGUUGCGUUCACCGCAUAUGUCAUAGCAGACAAUGUAUAUCUUAGUACUCAGACGCAGGACGCAUCACACCAUUAG